UGGAGCUGUCUACGGCGGGAUCGCCAGCAACGGAACAAAUAAUUAUAUUGCAUCAGACAAAAAUGAAGAAGAACUGGUAGAACCUUCAAUACGCAGAUCAUCUCGUCCAAUGAAACGUGUUAAUUACGCUGAAAUAGAUGGAUCGGAUGAAGAGAGGGAUUCGAGGAAGAUAAGAAGAACAAAUAAUGCCACUAAUUCGGAAUCGGCGGAAUCUCCGUCCGCCGAGUUGACUUUAGAAAUCGGUGCGGAGUUUGCAAACAAACUUUCUUCUGUACGCGAUACUAACCCUGAAAUAUGGACGCCCGAUAUAGAAAAUUACAUUGACAAUGUCCUAAAAAAAUCCGGAAAACAAUUUAAAAAUGCUAUAUUGGUUGAUGUUCCGGACAAUCUUUUCCGAUUUUACAAUCUAGUUGAUAUUAAUCCCACAAUAGACAAAAAGAUAGGUGAACGUAAAUACAUAACUUACCAAAUCUCGUCAAUUUAUAAAUUUUAUGAGAAAACAUUCUUUAACCUCGAUUUCGACUGGAUCGAGUCUCACGUCCGCUCUGCAAAAAUUACGAAAUCCGGGACAAAUUCAGGAAUUGUCAAG